UGUUGUGCUUGUGUAUGUGUGCGUGUGCCACACGCACAAUCAACCAACAACAGUUAUUUGAUAUGAAGAUCAUUAAUGAAUGAAUGAAAUCUUUGAAUUUUCAAAUAUAAAGUAGAGUAGAUCAGUUCAUUAUCUAUCUAUCUAACAAUGCAUUUUUUUCAUAUUAAAAAACGAUGCCAAUUUUUUCUUUGCUUUUUUUAAUUCUUAAAUAAUGAACUGUGUGUGCCAAACAAUGUGAAACACAGCCACCACCACAAAACAGCCAAACUUUUAUGAUAUCACAAUAUCAUCAGCAGCCAAAUAAAAUGAUCAUCAAUUUUGAUUCAAAUGAUAAUCCAAUUCAAUCACGACCACGAACCAUGUUUGGUAGUAUUUGAUUAUUUCAUCCUAUUGCCACAAAAACAAUAAUCAAUCAUAAUAAUCAAGUUAAAUGGAAAAUGGUUCACUUGACUACAAUUUAUAUUUGUUUGUGAUCAGAAAAACGAUGAUUCAUCAAUCUCACAAACAUUCGGUUAUUCUCUUUUAGUUCUUAGCUCCAAUCACUGGUUGAUGUUUUCGUUCAUUUUUUUCAUCCAUUCACAUUGUCAAAUUAAUAUACCAGUGAGAUUUUUUUAAAAAAAACCAACAACAACAAUCAUGUGGCGUGGUUUUGGUGCCGAUACUGACUCAGAGCCACCGGCUCAACGAAGCUAUUUUCGUCCACGAAUAUCAUCGAUAUCAGGUGUAUUAGCAAUGACAAAACAACGUUUGUUUACAAUGACACCACGUGAUGACACGGAUCAACCACCACCAGCGCAUACAGCAUCUAUACAUCCAGCAGUAAUGUCACAUACAUCUGGCUUAAAUAUUUCCAAUCAUCAUCAUUUAACUGAUCCAUAUAUGUUAAAUGGUUCACUUGGACUGCUUGCACGUUGUCCAUCACCAGCACGUUCCAGUUAUGGUGAUGUUAUGUCAUUCAGUCGUUCAGCAUCGGCUCGUCCAUCAAUUGAUUCACAAACAGCACAUGCUAUUUAUGUCUAGUUAUUAAAAUUUGAUAAUGAAACAGAACAUUUCCAGCGAUUCAUUCGACAGAUUAUCAUUAUAAUGGAAAAGAUUUUCUUGAAAUCAAUCAAAUUCACGAUGAUGAACAGAAAAACUCCAAUAUAUAAUGAUCGAUUAGUGAAAUGGAAACAAAAUUUCUUUUCUUCAUUCAUCCAUGUUAUACAGUAUUGCUGUGAAUUUGAAAUGAAAAACAUUUCUCGAUCCAAUUUUUCUCGCACAUAGAAUCAAAUAGCCUUAAGCAGAAAUAAACCGAAUGUGAAGAAAAAUUUGGAAUUUUCAUCAUGGUUGUGGCAUUUUUUUCCAUUGAAUUUUAUAUUCAGUGGUUAUCUAGUUGUUGUUGUUGUUUAUGCUUCCAACUGAAAGUUUUUCAAGUUGAAUUUUCGUAAAUUUUUUUUUUCAAUGACGCACAAUACUUUUAUUAUCGAUGUGAAAUAUAAUCCAAUAGUGGGAACAGAAAAAAAAACAUUCACACCAUCC